AUGGAGAGUUCAAAGAGUUCUCAGAACUCUUUACCAAAUAAUAUCCUUGGUAUCAAUGUUUCCCAAACCGGCGUUUCGUUUCCGCCGGCCGUUUCGUUUCGCCAGAGGGGUGUUCUGCAAGAUCUAACUCGCUACAACUAUCAUGAGACUUCUGAUGUCUUUCCUGCAUUUGCGUCUCACCAUCCACAAUGGUCUGCAUCUGCACCUGCACCUAGUAUACCUGCACUGGCACCCGUUCUUGUCCAACAACAAAAAGGAGUCGCAACGCCGAGAUUUCGGAAUGAUGCCCCGAGGAAAUUUGAAGGGAAAACCGAUACUUUGAGGAGUGGCAAGUGGGAGCAGGAGGAGCGGGAUCUCUUAUUGGAAUGGUUAGGGAGGAAUUUAGCCAAUUAUGAAGGAUUCAAAAUGCAUGUCAAGAGUACUUGCAUGAAGAUCUCCGUGGAAGUGUUCCAGGGCUCAAGGACACCGGAAGGUAUCAGAGGCCAGUGGGAUCUGAUGAAGAGAAAAUACCAUAAGGCAAAAGAACGGCUGAACUCAACCGGAGAGGGGCAAAGAGAUGAUAAAGAGAAAUGGGCAUCCAUCAAGCUGUCAUGGUUGGAUAAGAUUUGCCCGCACUAUGAGCAAAUUGAUGAUAUUUUACGGAGAGAUAGGGCGGUCACUCCUCUUUUUGUCUCAGAAACCGGUGGAGAUUCAAACUUGGAAUUUGUUAAUGGUGAAAAGCUAAACUCUUUUCUGUCCGACAAUUCCGAAGGAGAAGAGAUCCAUUGGUCUGCCUCUGAUACCGAGAACCCACAUCCACCGGCAGGGGGCAAAAAGUUGCCAACAUUGAAGGAGUCGCCAUUAAAGAAAGGGGAAACACGGGGUGAUGGAGUGAAAGCUCUGAAGAGAAAAAGAGGUGGGGCUGAAGAUGCUAUUGAAACGAUAGCACAGAAAAGAAUUGAUUUUGAGAAGACACGGUUGGAAUUUGAACGGGAGAGGGAUGAGCGUACAUUCAAACUGAUGGAGGAACGUGAGAAAAAUCGGCAUGAGGAAACAAUGGCUAGGUGGCGGUUGAUGGAACGAAAAUUUGAUCUUAAAUACAAGCAGUCUGAGUAA